GAACAAGACAAGAAGAGGGAGUGUUACCCCUUAAAGCCUUUACACACAAAACAACAAACAACAGCAACCAAACACUACUCCCAGGUACGAUACAAAGACGAAGGGGAGGCAUAAUGACACCACCUUGUUAUGCCUGAUACGAGGUUGGUAGGGAUUUGAAAAUGGCAGACACAAAUUCAGUUGAAGUGAUUUUGGACUUUCUGAGGAGGAAUCGGUUUACACGAGCUGAGGCAGUUUUGCGCAGUGAGCUCAAUAACCGUUCUGAUGUAAAUGGGUUCCUUCAGAAGCUUACAUUGGAAGAAAAGACCUUGUUUGAUAUGGCCCAGAAUGAUAAGGGAAAGUCGGUGCUUGAAAAUCAAGGGUUGGAUUCUCGUGAUAGUGUUGAAGUUUCUAAAGAACUGAUUGUGAAGGAAAUAGAGUGUGGGAAUGGUAGAAAUGGUGAUGAAAGCAAAUGGAAAAAUGCUGCUCCUGCUGUGGAAAGGAAUAAAUCUAAUGAAGUGGUUGGGACAAGUGACAAAAACUUUACUUCCUUGAAAAGUUCGGAGGACAGUGUGCUUGAUUUAUACUCGCGGAAGUUUAAUCUCAGCAAUGGUCCUAUGGAGCCUUACCAAAAUGAUGGUGGAAGUAGGGCUAAUAAUACUUUGAAGGCCCCGAUGUCUCAGCAAUCAAAAUAUCAAAUGAAAGAUGCUCUUGAUGCUGCCAACAGUAAUGCAAAAUCUGGGGAGGAAAAUAAUGUGCCUUCCGAGAAAAAAUCCUCAGGGCUUGGAACUAGUGAUAAAGCUUCUAUGGAACCAAAUUAUGGCCUUACCCCAAACAAAGAACCUAAGGAACAUGAUCGGCAGCUUAAAUUUAAUAGUUCAUCUCAUAAAGAGAACUUGGCAGAUAAUGUCUUGUCAAGAACUGACAAGAAUGUGAAUUCAUCUACAGACCUAUGGAAAGAUUGUUCUGUCAAGACUGUUUUCCCUUUCUCAAAGGGGGAUAUGUCUACAAGCUAUAAUGGUUCAACUUAUGCUGACAAAAAAGAGGAAAAAACAAGGGCGGAAAUCAGUGAUGUUAGGGCAUCAAUAAAAGAAGAGGUGGAUGAAAUCGGGAGAGCUUUUUACUUAGGAAAGUUGCAAGGCAGUUCUGAACAGAAGAACAUUGGUGGGUUAAUUUUUCCUUUUGCACCAGAUAGUCAUAAGGAAGAGUUUCCUAGGCUUCCUCCUGUAAAAAUAAAGUCAGAAGACAAACCCUUGGCUAUUAAUUGGGAGGAGAAGUUUGAACGUGAUGGACUGGCUGCGAAACUUGCUGGUGCUGAUAGCACUUUACUUAUCGGGUCAUAUCUGGAUGUCCCUAUUGGACAAGAAAUUAAAACUGCAGGUAUGAGGAAAGCUGCAGGGGGCAGUUGGCUGUCUGUAAGUCAAGGAAUUACAGAGGAUACAUCUGAUCUUGUAUCGGGUUUUACAACAGUUUGUGAUGGAUUGAGUGAAUCUAUUGACUAUCCACAUGAAUAUUGGGACUCUGAUGAAUAUGACGACGACGACGAUGUUGGAUAUAUGAGACAACCUAUUGAGGAUGAGGCCUGGUUUUUGGCACAUGAAAUUGAUUACCCUAGUGACAAUGAAAAAGGGACUGGACAUGGAAGUGUUCCAGAUCCUCAGGAAAGAAGUCCAGCCAAAGAUGAGGAUGAUGAUCAAUCUUUUGCUGAGGAGGAUUCUUAUUUCUCUGGAGAGCAAUAUCUUCUAGCUAAGAAUGUGGAGCCGGUCACAGCUUCAGAUGAUCCGAUCGGUCUAACAGUUACCGAAAUGUAUGGUAGGGCUAAUGGUAAUGAUUUAAUGGCUCAAUAUGAUGGACAAUUGAUGGAUGUAGACGAACUGAAUUUGAUGCAGGCAGAACCUGUCUGGCAGGGCUUUGUCACUCAGACAAAUGAUCUCAUCAUGCUGGGAGAUGGAAAGGUUCUGAAUCAUAGUGGAAGAUCACAACUUGAGGACAUGGAAGAUGAUCAACAUGGUUCAGUUAGGUCAAUUGGGGUGGGUAUCAAUAGUGAUGCUGCUGAUAUUGGCAGUGAAGUGCGUGGAAGUUUGGUUGGUGGUAGUAGUGAAGGGGAUUUAGAAUAUUUCCGUGAUCGUGAUACUGCACUUGGUGGCUCCAAACACUCUCAUCAUGAUUUGGAUAAGAAUUGUAUUAACAAAUCGUUCAAGAACAAGAAUAAAAAUGACAAGAGAGAGUCAAAUAAAUAUGUCACUGGGGGUGAUAAAGAUGCUUGCUCGCAGAUAAAAACACAUACGGAUGGGAACUUCUCAUUUCGCCAAUCUUUUAAAGAAGGCCAGAUAAUUCAGGCUGGCUCCAGUACGUCCCAAUGGUCAAAGAAUUGUAAUGCAGAUGAAACAGAUGACUGUAUUAAUGCAUUUUUGGGACCCGAUGACAUGCUUUCUUCUUGGAGGCAGAAAAGCAGCGAUUCUUCACCCAGUAAAUGUUCUGGGGAUGAGAAUAAUGCUAAUGUGGUAAGAUCCACAAACUCUUCUCCAACUACAGUGUCAAAUUAUGGUUAUGCUGAUAGAGAGCAUGUCAAGCUAGAAAAUAAUGAAAAGGUUGGCAUAGCAACAGAAGAUGAUCUAGGUGCAUCACUAGAGGACGAAGAGGCUGCUGCUGUGCAAGAGCAGGUAAGGCAACUAAAGGCUCAGGAGGAGGAAUUUGAAACCUUCAAUCUAAAGAUUGUGCACAGGAAAAACAGAACUGGCUUUGAGGAGGACAAGAAUUUCCAUGUUGUUUUAAAUUCUGUAAUAGCCGGGCGCUAUCAUGUCACGGAGUAUCUUGGAUCUGCUGCAUUUAGUAAAGCUAUACAAGCUCAUGACCUGCACACCGGCAUGGAUGUUUGUGUUAAAAUUAUAAAGAACAACAAGGACUUCUUUGACCAAAGCCUUGAUGAGAUCAAGCUUCUCAAGUAUAUCAAUAAGCAUGAUCCUGGAGACAAGUAUCACAUUCUGCGAUUAUAUGAUUAUUUUUAUUACAGAGAACAUUUGUUAAUUGUUUGUGAACUACUUAAAGCCAACUUAUAUGAGUUUCAUAAAUUUAAUAGAGAAUCAGGGGGGGAAGUGUACUUCACAAUGCCAAGAUUGCAGUCAAUUACCAUUCAAUGUUUGGAAGCACUACAAUUUUUGCAUAGCCUUGGACUUAUACAUUGCGACCUGAAGCCGGAGAAUAUUUUGGUGAAAAGCUAUAGCAGAUGUGAGGUGAAGGUCAUUGAUCUUGGAAGUAGUUGUUUCGAGACGGAUCACCUUUGCUCUUAUGUUCAGUCCAGGUCCUAUCGUGCUCCGGAGGUUAUUUUGGGGCUUUCGUAUGAUAAGAAGAUUGAUAUCUGGUCACUUGGAUGCAUCUUGGCAGAACUUUGUACUGGCAAUGUCCUCUUCCAAAAUGAUUCCCCUGCAACAUUACUUGCUCGGGUGAUUGGGAUCAUUGGUCCCAUUGAUCAAAUUAUGCUUGCAAAAGGACGUGAUACAUAUAAGUACUUCACAAAAAAUCACAUGCUUUAUGAACGGAAUCAGGAAAGCAACAGGUUAGAAUACCUGAUUCCAAAAAAGACAUCCUUGAGGCAUAGAUUGCCAAUGGGGGACCAAGGCUUCAUUGACUUUGUUGCUUAUUUGCUUGAGGUUAACCCCAAGAAGAGGCCUUCUGCAUCCGAGGCACUGAGGCACCCAUGGUUGUCAUACCCUUAUGAACCAAUAUCAUCUUGAAAUAUUUGGAGGUUUAUCUCUUGGUGAUAACAUCAAUAUUUCCCUUAGUUGGGUAAAGUAAAUCGGUGAAGGGAAGGCGCCACCUAUACAUUUUAGCCGCUUUUCAUGAUCUAUUUUAAAGAUGAUAUUGAAAAAGUUGUGCACUUUCUCACAUUCCUACAUAAUGCAUUGAAAAGGUGUUUUUGGUUUUGUGGGUAAUACUUGUCUUUCCCUUCCCUCUCCUAAUUGUAUUCCAGUUAACCUUGCUAUGAUGUAGUGUUAGGCUGUUGAUAUCUUUGCUUUGUUUGGUCUGUUGGAAAGGGAAAAUCCUUGAAAUAUUGGUUGUACAUGAUGUGGGAUAAUUCUUUUUAGUCUAUUUGGUUGUAGUAGUAUUUUGUGAAGUAGCUAUCAUAUUUCAUAUAUAGGGUUUGAUAGCAUUGUUGGAAGCACCAUUUAUAGCAAAGCUGGUGACAAUGUGAGACUCACUAAACACAUGCUUUUAUGGAACUUGAGAUGCAAAUUUGCCUCUCCCUUCGGUUUGAAGCAACCAAAUUGUAUCUUGAUGGUGUAAUGGAGCUUCAUUUGGUUUAUUAUACUAUGGAUAUGGUAGCAAAUGGGAUCAAUGAAAGUGUGGUUUGUGGAUGGCAUCUUUGGCAUGUCAUUUAAUUAU